UGGCGCAUUUUUCACGUUGCUUAGAAAGUGACAGUUCAGUUUUAUUGAAAAGUGUUUACUAUAUCUAUUUUAAUAUGAAAUGCUAAGUGAAGAAACCUUUGAUUCAAUUCAUAAUUAAGUACCGUCGCAAAUAGUAAGAAGAUUAAAAGUGUUUUCCUAUUAUUGAAUAAUAAUGUUGAUAUACUUGUCGUGUGAAUCAGAAAGUGCAAGCGGUGUGCCGGAAUGGGCUAUCGUGGAGCUUCAGGGGCUGGUACAAAUGAAGAAAGAAGCAACAGCGGGACGUACAGUGAUCGGUGAUCUGCACUACUACCAGAGGAACCGCCAUCCAGUGCUGGUGCUCGGACAUCACAUACUCAAUGGCAAAGAAGUUAAAUUAGAACAACCGAUGGCAGUCAUUGAGAAAGUUGAUAUUGACGGAAAGUUAGAAUAUAAAAUUAAAGCUAUCGUCAAAAAGAAGUUACUAUUCAAAUCCAGACCGAAGCCGAUCAUAUCACAUGUAUCUGAUAAAAUUUAAUUAAAAUUGUUAUAUUUAUGUA